AGCGCUUCAGAGCCGAGUAAGCAAAAUGGCCGGAGCCGGGAAAGUGGCUACGGCCGUUACUGGGGUCGCUGUCAAGCCGAUUUUCAGCCGGGACCUGACCGAGGCCAAACAACGCGUGCGAGAACUGUACCGUGCUUGGUUCCGAGAAAUCCCAAACACAGUGCACAUAUACCAGCUGGACAUCACAGUGAAACAGGGGCGCGAUAAGGUACGGGAGUUGUUUCUGAAGAAUGCCCAUGUCACAGACCCCAGAGUCAUUGAUUUGCUGGUUAUUAAGGGGAAAAUGGAACUCCAGGAAACUAUUCAGGUGUGGAAACAGCGGACACACAUCAUGAGGUAUUUCCACGAGACCGAAACACCACGCCCCAAGGAUUUCCUAUCCAAGUUUUAUGCAGGUCAUGAUCCUUAAGGAAAACAGACUUUGUGGAGCUGUAACUCUGUAUUUUCAGUUGCUUUUGUUGCAAAUAAAGCACUGAAUAUUUAAGAGCCCUUCAA